UGACUCUUGAGCACGAGACGAUGUUUAUAUAAUCAAUCUGUCAAAACCAGUUGUGUGUAUUGUUUCUGCCAGGCAAAUAUCAAUAGCAAUAGCAGCAAUGUCAAUGUUGAGAUCAGUUUGUCAGUUAAGGGUGGGAGUCACAACCCAAAAACCUUGCCUCCAUCCCUCAAUCUUAUUCUCCUUUUCCCUCUCUCACAACACUCACACUCUCACUCUCACAUCUUUCCCCAGAACCUUCCGUUUCCACCCACCUUCACUGCCUCUUUCACCCUUUGUGCCCUUCAUGCCUCCCAAAGCAACAGCUUCGUAUGGCACUGGGGCUAGUGCUGCUGCUGAAGGUGAUAGGCCAAGGGAGAUAUUGGUGCAGCAUUUGUUGGUCAAAGAAGAUGACCAGAAGCUUCUGUUAGAUAUUCAGCAAAGAAUCUCUUCAGGUGAAGAUUUGAGUGAUCUUGCUGUGGAAUAUUCACUGUGCCCAUCCAAAGAAGAAGGAGGGAUGCUUGGGUGGGUCAGAAAGGGACAAAUGGUUCCUGAAUUUGAGGAGGCUGCAUUUACUGCACCUUUAAACAAAGUGGUAAGUUGCAAAACGAAAUUUGGAUGGCACCUGCUUCAGGUUUUAUCUGAAAGGGAAGAAUCAAUUCUUCAAGACAUUCAACCUGAUGAGCUGCAUGUGAAAAUUCAAGAUCCCAGCUUUUUUGACGGGGCACAGUUAAUUGAUGUGCGAGAGCCUGAAGAAGUGGCCAAAGCAUCUUUGCCAGGAUUUACCGUUCUUCCCCUCCGACAAUUUGGAAGCUGGGGGCCUGAAAUAACUACCAAAUUUGACCCUCAAAAGGAUACUUAUGUUCUGUGUCAUCAUGGCAUGCGGUCAUUACAAGUUGCCAAGUGGUUGCAGUCACAGGGUUUUAGGAAAGUAUACAAUCUUUCUGGGGGAAUCCAUGCCUAUGCUGUCCAGGUUGAUCCAUCAGUUCCCACAUAUUGAUUUACAAUGUAGUCCUUUACUUGUCCUCUUUCUAUCUUUGAACAUGAGAGCAAGAUUUUGUGGGAUGUCCAUGUUACCUUUAGGAAUUGGAAUUCUCUUGGUACGGACAUGUAUUUAUUUUGGAUUAAGAGUAAGAGGCUACAUAUCAAGUGCUAGAUUUUUUGUGAAGCUGGCCUUGGCUGUGAGGUGGUUUAUGAUUUUCUCAGCAAGUAAUUGUUACUUGUUUUAUCAUAUUUUUUUCUGUGUAAUUCCCUUCCAAGUUUCAAUACUAUGGCUCUCUAUUCCUGGCUGGAAUCAUAGCUGGGUUAAGGGUUCCUUGAUUGAGUACCUUUAAUUUUAUUUUUUUUACUAA